UUGACUGCGGAGAGGCUGGGGGUAUUCUGGAGCCCCAAAGAGAUGGGAAACUGAGUCCUAGACAAGCGCAGAAAGCCGCUGAUUCCUUCAACUAGUCAGGCAGGGCCAGUCUAGGGCUCUUGUCCACCACACGCCAGGUCUUCCCAAAGUCUCUGGAACCCCGGGCAGGUAGAACUUCUAAUUGGGCCCGCCUUCCCCGGUCUCCAGGCAGGUGCUCUGGGCUUGGCCGCCCCCUCAAACCUGGCUCCCUCCAGGCACCAGACUCUCCUAACGGACACCGCACCCGGAGCCCUUCCUGGUAACCAGGCUCCGAAGUGAGGGUGGAGGGCAGGUGGGAAUCCAGGGGCCGCCUCAGGCCCUCUGCCUUCCCUCUCCCCCACCCCCUGGAUAGGGCUGGGCACGUGUCAUUCAGGGUGGCUGUGUUGGAGAGGAGUUAGGACUUCUGAGCUCGCUGCUGGAUGCGGAAUCCACUGCCCCUCUGUGCUGCGCCUUCAUUCUGUCCCUGGCUUGACUUCACCGCCUCGGUUCCCUAUGCUGACUCCGCGCUUCCCCUCCGAGCAAAAGGUAGUGGGCUUCAAGACAAGACAGCAAGAUCAAGAGGCCCUCCGGGGACUCUCAUUUCCCAGGGAACUUUAAAAACUCAGGAUGACAUGAAUUGUUAGGGAGGAAAUACUGGCCAUGAAACUCUAGCAUUUAAUUCUCAUAGCAACUCUAGGAAGUGUUAUUACCCCCAUUGUACACAGGAUGAAGCUUAGCCACACUAAGUACCUUGUCCUGGGUUACACAGCUAGAAAUGGCAGAUGGAGAAUUUGCAUUCAGAUUUGUCAAGUUUGCCUAACUGAAACAUGUACUCAGUUGACUGUGAAGGGCUUAUGAUUUGAGUAGGUAAAGCGGUAUUCCUCAAGAUUCCAAGACUGUAUCAUAUACCUAGAUUUUUAAAAUUUUCAUGUGCCUACUAUGUACCAGAACUUGAUAGAUACCUUUAGGAGGAAACCAGAAUCCCUAUAAUGGAAGGUUUGGGGAGUGGGGAGGUGGGGGUGUCAUGUUGGAUUCUGCCUGGUGUUAAAUUUUCUGGAAGUUGAAAUAUUGUUCACAAAAAUGUCAGAAGAGACCACAUCCUGCCUGGUGUGUGGGUAGGAAAGAGUGCAGAGAAUUUGAUAAACCCUUAUCUGGGAAGACCUUCCUUUCAAGAGUCCUUUUGGGGUGUCUGGCUAGAUACCAAACUGGGUGAAACUACAGACCUCUCCACUCCCCCUCCCAUCUCCAGGCAAAAGAUGAAAAAGAAAGAUUCCCAGCAUCUUUGGGAGAAAUAGCACUUUACACAGCAUCUUCAUGUCAUUUAUUCUUUCAACAAAUACAUAUUGAGCAUCUACAUGCCUAGCACUUUUCUAGGUACUGGGGACAUGGUGGUAAAUAAAAGUUAUGUAGUUCAUGCUUUCAAAGAGUUUAUGUGCUGGUGGGGAGAGGCAGGAAAUAAAUACUAAUAUAUCCUGUAGUGAGUACAAUUGAGAGAAAUUUGGGUGGUCAGGGAAGACCCCUCUAAAGAAAUGACAUUUAGGCUUCAGCCUGAAUGGCAAGAAGUCAGCUCUUGCAAAGACCUGGAGGAAGAGCUGUCCAGACAGAAGGGACGGGAAGACAGCGGAGCUGGUCACCUCUCAUUCUAUAGGAAGUUGUGCUAUGGCAUUGGAGGGGUUCCCAACCAGGUGGCCUCCAGCGCCAUAGCCUUUUACCUGCAACUUUUCCUGCUCGAUGUGGCACAGAUCCCUGCUGCCCAGGUGUCACUGGUCCUGUUUGGAGGGAAGGUGUCUGGGGCAGCUGCAGACCCUUUGGCUGGGUUUCUCAUCAACAGAAGCAGGAGGACAGGGUCUGGACGACUCAUGCCCUGGGUGCUGGGCUGCACACCCUUCAUUGCCUUGGCCUACUUCUUCCUGUGGUUCUUGCCCCCCUUCUCCACCUUGCGCGGCCUCUGGUACACGACCCUCUACUGCCUGUUCCAAGCCCUGGCCACGUUCUUCCAGGUGCCCUACACGGCGCUGACCAUGCUGCUGACCCUAAACCCCAACGAGCGGGACUCGGCCACUGCGUACAGGAUGACCUUGGAGAUGGUGGGGACGCUGAUGGGAGCCACCGUCCACGGACUCAUCGUGUCUGGUGCACACGGGUCCCACAGGUGCAAGGAGGACAUGCUCCCAGGGGAGGUGGCUGUCUCCCCCAACGCGACUCGUCUCUACUUCAUUGCAGCCGCUGUGGUUGCUUUGACUUAUCCAGUGUGCAGUACUUUGCUCUACCUGGGGGUGAAGGAGCAAUCAGACCCCUCCACCCCAGCAUCCGGCCAGGGCCUGGGCUUCCUGAAAGGGCUGGGUCUCACGGUCCGGCAUCGGCCCUAUCUGAAGUUGGUCAUCUCCUUCCUCUUCAUCUCAGCAGCUGUUCAGGUGGAGCAGAGCUACCUGGUCCUGUUCUGUACACACGCCUCCCAGCUUCAAGACCACGUCCAGGGCAUGGUGCUGACCAUCCUGGUGUCGGCAGUGCUGAGCACCCCGAUGUGGGAGUGGGUUCUGCAGCGAUUUGGGAAGAGGAUGUCAGCCCUCGGGAUCUGUGCGAUGGUGCCCUUUGCAAUCCUGCUGGCUGCUGUGCCCAUGGUGCCCGUGGCAUAUGUCGUGGCCUUUGUGUCUGGCCUGAGCAUUGCUGUGUCCUUGCUGCUACCCUGGUCCAUGCUUCCGGAUGUGGUCGAUGACUUCCAGCUGCAGCACCAGCGUGGCCCAGGCCUGGAGACCAUUUUCUACUCAUCCUAUGUCUUCUUCACCAAGCUUUCGGGAGCAGGCGCCCUGGGCAUCUCCACUCUCAGCCUGGACUUCGCAGGGUACGAGUCAGGAGCCUGCAGGCAGUCGGAGCAGGUGGUGGUGACCCUCAAAGUCCUCAUCAGUGCAGUGCCCACCAGCAUGAUCCUCAUUGGUCUGUGCAUCCUCAUGGUCGGUCCCACUCCCAAGGUGCCAAGUCAGGCCAACUCCCGCUCCCUGGGAAGGAGGACCAGCUACACUCUGGCUUGAAUUUGAGACCCUGUGAGCCGGCACGUCAGGAGCAGCAUCUUCUGGGCUCCAUUCCCCCUUUUUCAGCCCUUUGGCACCUCUGCCUCACUGUUUAAACACGACCUGUCUUUUCCCCAGGGAUGUGGAGUCUUCAGUGACUCUCCUGAAGGGAGUGGCCUGGGCUCCACCUUUCAUGUCUUACCUGUUGACCUCAGGACAUCUCAGAGAGGCCUAUGCCACUGACUACCCAGCUCUGGGCAACCUGUGACCUCAAAAGCAUUCCUGAAGCAACUAUUCCUGGAAAAAGGAAGCCCUUGCCAACCUGGUCUGCAGACUUAUGUGGGAGCACCAGGCCCACCAACCUACUUGGAUGGCAAAGCUACCUGACAAGACAGACACACAGAAUUCUUGUUUCUCCUGAUGGUCCAGUGAUCAUCUAAUGGAGAGGCUGACAGACAGCAUGUGAAUGGGCAGAGUGGGGACAGAUGGACAUGCUGGGAUAGCCAGGUGGAGAGAUACACAGAUGCAGCCAGAGAGGCCAGCAGACCCCACAGGGAGCGGAUGGGGCCAGCAGUGGGGACAGGUUGAACAGGGCACGAGGUGUUUCUCAAGACCUUUCCCCUUGUACAGCUAAGCUGAUGAAACUGUUUCUAGAGGUGGUCACAGACUGAUACUGAGCCACCAAAGAUCAAUCAUUUUUAUGAACAAAAGUUAUUUCUGUGGGAAUACUUUUCUGAAAAAAUCACAGGAACCACUAUUUUCUAGAGGCCACCAUGUCUUUGGGGAAGAAAGAUCCACUGAGGUUUAUUUUUUCAGAAACAAAUUAAAGGGUUUAUCUUC